UAAAAUAAAUAAUAAUCUUUAAAUAUCUUAAUAAUUUAUCCCAACCCCGAACAUUGGUCCUUCGAGCCAUUAGUCGUAUUUUUGGCAGGAUCAGAGCGCGUGUGCUUUUGCAAUAUUUUUGUGCUUAGUGUGUGUGUUAUACUGAUACCUGCGCAUCAAAAGAAUACAUCUAGAACUACGAUUUAUGGAUACAUCUCUUUUAUCCUAAUCACAUUGCUUUAGAAAGGCAAUAUACCUCAACAUUUGUACACCUCGUAACCUCGGUGCCUUAGGAAGGCACUAUACCAUCUUCACCUCGUGACCUCAGUGCCUUAGAAGGGCACUACAUCUCUUCACCUCGUAACCUCGGUGCCUUAGGAAGGCACUACAUCUCUUCACUUCGUGACCUCGGUGCCCUAGGAAGGCACUACAUCUCUUCACCUCGUGACCUCGGUGCCUUAGGAAAGCACUACAUCUCUUCACCUCGUAACCUCGGUGCCUUAGGAAGGCACUACAUCUCUUCACUUCGUGACCUCGGUGCCCUAGGAAGGCACUACAUCUCUUUACCUCGUGACUUCGGUGCCUUAGGAAGGCACACUACAUCUCGGAUUCAGUACAACCUUGCAGGUAUUGCGAGGAUAUCUUGAGCAACUUAUCAGCUGAACAAGUAAGGUUAUAUUGUUAUCUCUAAUAAUCUUUAAUUAUGUCCACAAUGGAAGAUAUUUUAGCUACCCAACAACAGUUGGUGGACGCAUUGGAUAAGCUUUAUAUCAACUUUAAGAAGGAUGGAGCGGAGCGAAAGACUCCCGAUUAUAUACGUCGUCGUUUGGAAACGUUAGAACAAUAUUUUACAGAUAUUCAUAACAACCAUAUGACACUUUUAUCUUUUAGUGAUCAGUCUCAUGAAUAUUUUACUUUUAAUAAAUACGAGCAGAUUAAGAAAAAAUAUGGUGAUAUUAAGACAACCUUAAUAAAUUAUAAGCCUUUGGCAAGCAUUAAAAAAUCCCCUGAAUUACAACCUCCAACGUUUCAAGUCCCGUCUACCUCUAACGCAUCGACCUCUAAUGAAUCUCAGGAAAUAUCUCUCAAAAAUAACUCUAAUAUGAGUAAAACAGAAGAGCUCAUGAGAAAACAAACUACAAAUUUUAAAGCUUUUCUGAGAACUGCCUCGAGUAUAGAACUUGACUUUAUCUCGGAAAAGUGGGAGUUAGAAGACAUCCUAAAGACCUUGCAAGUCCGUUGGACUGCGAUUGAUAGCUUACAUUGGGAGUUGGACAAUGAACUUUGUGGUUCCAACCGAGAAUAUGAAGAUCAAUUUACAAAUUACGAAAAAUAUUACAUUAAAGUUAAGAAGGAUAUCAAUAAAAAGAUGUGGUCGGUAUCACACAUCGAGAAAACAACCCCUAAAAUGGAGUUACCAACCUUCGAGGGAAAUUAUAACCAAUGGGUCUCCUUCAAAGAUCUCUUUACGGAAACUAUUCAUAGUAACCCAUCUCUUUCAAAUGCGCAGAAAUUACAAUUUCUCAAAAGUAAGGUUAAGGGUGAACCUGAGAAGUUGAUUCAACAUCUCCAGGUAAGCUCAGAUAAUUAUCUCAUUAGCUGGAAUAUUCUCAGUCAUCGAUAUGAUAAUAAGCGCCUAAUCUUUACAUCUCACCUUAACAAUCUCUUAAAUAUUCCUAAUAUUCAAUACCAGUCAUAUAAUCAUAUCAAACGCAUUCACGAUGUUACAAACGAGAGUAUAAAUGCGAUAGAAAAUCUUGGAAUUAACGUUUCUUCCUGGGAUCCCUUCCUUGUAUGUAUAUUGUCUCAGAAGUUAGACGCAGACACGUACAAUGAAUAUAUACAGUCUUUGAAAUCGCCGAGAGAAUUACCCGUAUUACAAGAUUUUUUGCAGUUUUUGGUUUCCGAUUGCGCAACAAACGCAGUUGGGAUGGAUAAUAACCGGUAAUUAUAAAACCUAUCAGUGUAAUAUAAUCCUUAAUAACGAUAUCCAAAGGUUUUGGGAAGUGGAAGAUAUUCAUGAACCCUUAAAUAUGUCACAGGAAGAUCAAAAUUGUAUAGAGUUUUUUCAGAAUACAACCUCAAGACGUGACGACGGCAGUUACGUUGUGAAAAUACCUUUUAAAGAAAAUCUCGAGGAAAAAUUGGGCGAAUCGAAGUCAAAGUCUAUCGCUCAAUUUAUUCAAUUGGAAAAUAAACUUAUUAAAAAACCUUAUUUAGCUAGUGAUUAUAAAUUAUUUAUAUCGGAGUACAGAGAGCUCGGACACAUGAUACCCGUUGUGUCACGCGCCGCCGUAGAGUCGGGUUGCUACUUAUCGCACCAUUGUGUACAACGAGCGGAAUCAUCAACUACGAAAUUGCGAGUUGUUUUUAAUGCCUCUUCGAAAACUUCGAGUGGAUUUAGCCUUAAUGAUCUUAUGUGUAGGGGGCCAAAUCUACAACAAGACCUUCAAACACUAAUCUUAAAAUGGCGACAAUUUAAAUAUGGUUUUACAGCCGACAUAGAGAAAAUGUUUCGCAAUAUUUGGCUUCAUUCAGAACAUCAAAAAUUCCAGAAGAUUAUUUGGAGAGAUGAUCAAUCCCAACCCUUAGGUGAAUUUCAGCUAGCCACUGUAACUUAUGGAACUAAGGCCGCACCUUUCUUGGCCAUGAUGAUCCUGAAAAGACUUGCAAUCGAUGAACGAUCAAAUUAUCCUUCCAGUAUCGCACCUGCUGUGUUAGAAAGCUCAUUUUACAUGGACGAUCUGUUGCAUGGGACUCACUCUGCACAAACAGCAAUAGAGCUGAAGAACGAUUUAAUUAAACUACUUAAAUCUGGAGGUUUCAAUCUUAGAAAAUGGCGUUCAAACUUACCUCUCCUUUUAGAAGACAUGAACGAUUCCGAGAAAGAAUUCGACUUUAAGCGCCAGGAGUCAACUAAAACUUUAGGCCUUCGUUGGAAUCCCAAUACCGACGAAUUUAUCUUUUAUCCUAUUAAUUAUAUCCCAAAUAUUACCCCUACUAAGCGACAAUUAUUGUCCGAAAUCUCAAAACUUUAUGACCCCUUGGGCUGGCUGGCACCAGUCACUACAAAACUUAAAAUUUUAUUUCAAGAAACUUGGAAGUCUGAUCUAGGAUGGGAUCAGCCGAUACCUCAUAAAUUAGUCUUAGAAUGGACUAAAAUAAAAUUCGACAUAUCCUAUAUAUCGCAAUUUAAAAUACCUCGAUGGUUACAAACACAGGAAAGUGACAUAGUGGAGCUCCAUGGUUUUUGCGAUGCUAGUACAAAAGCUUACGCAUGUGUUGUUUAUUGUAGAAUACGAAGAAAAGAUACAACACAUGUCACCAUUGUAGCGGCAAAAUCCAAAGUAGUUCCUAUAAAAAAGACCUUAUCCAUACCCCGUUUGGAACUUUGCGGAGCUUUGUUGUUAGCUAAAUUAAUGAAAAAUAUUGUCGAAUCCCUAUCUAAUUUCAGAGUGCAUGUUUACGGUUGGGUCGAUUCUAUGGCAGUCCUAGGAUGGAUAAAUGGCGAACCCGAAAAAUGGAAACCCUUUGUUGCAAACCGUGUCAGAAUGAUUUGUGAAAUAAUCCCAAAAAAUAUGUGGAGAUAUAUUAAUUCCUCGGAAAACCCGGCUGAUUGUGCAAGUCGUGGGUCGACAGCUCUUCACUUGACAAGUCUUUCGCUUUGGUGGCACGGGCCUGAAUGGUUAUCUCAAUGUAAUCUCAAAGAGCAUUCUGAAAAGCCUACAUAUACUACAGAUAUAGAUCUGAAAAAGAAAAACCUGGUUAAUACAAUAACCACCAAUCCCAAUUAUAUAAUACAACAGUUAUUGGAUAAAUAUAGCUCUUUUAGAAAACUUAUAAGAAUUUUAGCCUAUAUUAUAAAAUUU